AUGAUAUUGCUAUUGGCAGCAACUUGUUAUGGCCAGGGAUUUUACAACUCGAGAGCAACCUCUUACAGUAGCCCUGAUGGCGCAGGAACUGCACGUAUGUGGUGCUCUCGUUUUCCCUUCUCCACUCUUCUUUAUGAUAUUUUGAGUGCAUGGGCGUUUGGAACAGUAUUCGACAUUGUAAAUCCACCCAUGGGAUCUCUUCGCGCUAGAGUUCACUAUGCCAACCAGGAUCAAGCCAAGACAUCACAGUUAACCUUUGCCAUCCCUAGGGAUUGGAAGGUUGGAGUUGAAUAUGACACUGCAUCUCAACAUAAUUAA